AAAACAAAACAAAACAAAACAAAGCAAUGGCCAAAACGAUUCGGUCUUUCAUUCUCCCUUUCCUCCUCAUAGUCGCCGGCGUGAUCUUUCAACUCUCAGCCGUGACUUCCGCCAUUGGUAUCAACUAUGGAACACUAGGGAACCUUCAACCUCCACAACAAGUGGUUGACUUCAUCAAGACAAAGACCACUUUUGACAGUGUCAAGAUCUAUGAUGCUAAUCCCGACAUCCUCCGAGCCUUCGCGGGCUCUGAAAUCAACAUCACCAUCAUGGUCCCUAACGGUAACAUUCCUGCCAUGGUCAACGUUGCAAAUGCUCGUCAAUGGGUCGCUGCCAAUGUCUUACCGUUUCAGCAGCAGAUCAAGUUCAAAUACGUUUGUGUCGGAAACGAGAUUCUUGCUAGUAACGACAAUAACUUGAUAUCAAAUCUUGUACCAGCGAUGCAAAGUCUUAACGAAGCUUUAAAAGCUUCCAAUCUCACUUAUAUCAAGGUGACAACUCCACAUGCAUUUACCAUAAGCUAUAACCGUAAUACACCAAGUGAGAGCAGAUUUACUAACGAUCAAAAAGAUAUUUUUACAAAGAUCUUGGAAUUUCAUCGUCAGGCUAAGUCCCCAUUCAUGAUCAACGCCUACACUUUUUUCACGAUGGACACGAACAAUGUCAAUUACGCAAUAUUUGGUCCAUCAAAUGCAAUAACGGAUACCAAUACACAACAAACCUACACCAACAUGUUUGACGCAGUCAUGGAUGCAACAUAUUCUGCUAUGAAAGCUCUUGGCUAUGGCGACGUAGAUAUCGCGGUAGGGGAGACCGGUUGGCCCACGGCUUGUGACGCUUCAUGGUGCUCACCUCAAAACGCUGAAAACUACAACCUCAAUAUCAUCAAGCGUGCACAAGUUAUAGGGACACCUCUAAUGCCCAACCGCCACAUCGAUAUCUUCAUAUUUGCAUUGUUCAAUGAAGAUGGAAAACCCGGUCCAACACGUGAGAGAAAUUGGGGGAUAUUUAAACCGGAUUUUUCACCGAUGUAUGAUGUUGGAGUUCUAAAAGGCGGUGGAAGCCCGCUUCCGUUUCCACCGAUAAACAACAAUGGAAAAUGGUGUGUGGGAAAACCAGAAGCGACGUUAAUGCAACUACAAGCAAAUAUUGAUUGGGUAUGCAGCCAUGGUAUUGAUUGUACACCAAUCUCACCUGGUGGCAUAUGUUUUGACAACAACAACAUGACGACUCGGUCCUCGUUUAUUAUGAACGCUUAUUACCAAAGCAAGGGAUGCGUUGAUGUUGUCUGUGAUUUUAGCGGUACUGGCAUCGUUACCAGUACCAACCCAAGCACUAGCACAUGCCCUAUACCGAUAGGGGAAGGUGGCGGCGGCAAUGGCGCAAAAAGCAAAAGUGCAAAUUGGUGUAUGGCGAAACAAGAAGCGACAGAGACACAACUACAAGCUAAUAUUGAUUGGGUGUGUAGCCAAGGUAUUGAUUGUAAACCAAUAUCACCUGGUGGCAUAUGUUUUGAUAACAACAACAUGAAGACUCGAUCCACGUUCAUAAUGAACGCUUAUUACGAGAGCAAAGGAUACUCCAAAGACGCUUGUGACUUCCGUGGUAGUGGCAUCGUCACUACUACCAACCCAAGCACUAGCACAUGCGUCGUACCAGCAUCAGUAACGCUCUGAAUUUUUAAAAAGCAACUACAGAAACUGAAAAAAAUCAAUAAAACAAGAUCCUUUUAUUUCAUUAUAAGAACAAUCAUUUUUCGUU